AUGAACAACGCGAUUUUCGGCAAGACCAUGGAGAAUGUGCAUAACCAUUUUAAUGUGCAACUCGUAAUGCGUUGGGAUGGAAGAUACAGUAUAGAGACAAUGAUCACAAAACCAAAUUUUCACAGUAGAAGCGUUUUUUCCGAGAACAUGGUCGUGAUAGAAAUGCGGAAAGUGAAGUUUGACAAACCGAUAUACCGAUACGGCCCAUGCAUGCUUACUCAACACGUCGAUAACGGUAAAAAUGUAGUGAUAACCUUUGUUGAAUCGUGUGUAAGGGCGCAUUUUUAUUACAUCAGCCUGCCUUUUCAAGAUUUUUUUUCUCAAACAUUUUUUUGUCAUGGUGUGCAAAAAAUGUUAGAAAUAUCUUACGCAAACGUUGAUCAAUAUUUCGACAUUGACUAA